UAUGUGACAGCUCGUGCGUGUGCGUGUGCGUGUGCGAGAGAGGGUAGUCGCGUUGUGGGCGUGGCUUCGAUGAAAAAUGUCCUCCCUUUUUCUCUCGUCCCUCCUCUGCUUGAAAAGUGCGCUCAGUGGGAAAGUUGGGCAGAAAGUCCACAGUGCGUGUCCACGCACAGGCGAUGCACACCUUGCCAGAGGCGAGAAAGUGCGUGGAAGCAACAUUCCGACGCGUCAAUGAGAUGAUUUGGCUCCCCCAGAUGGCUCCUUUGCCCGCGCCCACUUGUGGAAUAAAGUUGUGUCAGAGCCAAAAGACUUGGCGCCUCUUCGGUGACUUUUAGGAGCUUCCAGCGCCACACUCCCGCUGACAUGAAGACGCUCUACAUCGCCAUUGAAGUGGCCAUCGCGCUCCUCUCCGUGUCCGGCAACGUGCUGGUGUGCUGGGCGGUGGCCAUCAACACCACCUUGAAGAACGCCACCAACUACUUCCUGGUGUCUCUGGCCGUGGCGGACAUCUUGGUGGGCUGUCUCGCCAUCCCCUUCGCCAUCACCAUCAGCAUCGGCAUCUGCCUGGACUUCUACGGCUGCCUCUUCCUCGCCUGCUUCGUCCUGGUCCUCACGCAGUCCUCCAUCUUCAGCCUCCUCGCCAUCGCUAUCGACAGAUACUUGGCCGUCAAAAUCCCGCUAAGGUACAAAGAGCUGAUGACAGGGAAGAAGGCCAGAAAGAUCAUUGCUAUUUUAUGGAUCCUGUCCUUUGUCAUCGGGCUGGUGCCUUUCUUCGGUUGGAACUUAAAGGACUCUAUCUGCGGGAGAGGCAACACCACAGCCGACAACAAAACGGACUUAUUACGGAGCUGCAAGCUCAAGUGUUACUUUGAGAGCGUGGUGGACAUGGAGUACAUGGUCUACUUCAACUUCUUUGUUUGCGUCUUGCUGCCGCUCCUCCUCAUGCUGGGCAUCUACAUGAAGAUCUUCACGGUGGCUCGGAUGCAGCUGAGGCAGAUCGAACUCAAGUGCGUGUCCAACGGGGACAGCCAUCACCACAGCCUGCUGCAGCGGGAGAUCCGCGCCGCCAAGUCAUUGUCCAUCAUCGUGGGGCUUUUCGCCAUCUGCUGGCUGCCCGUCCACAUCCUCAACUGCCUGACGCUCUUCUACCAGAAGCUGCACAAGCCCGAGCAUGUCAUGUACGUGGCCAUCAUUCUGUCCCACGCCAACUCGGCCGUCAACCCCAUCAUCUACGCCUACCGCAUCCAGGACUUCAGGAACACCUUCCGCAAGAUCCUGGCCCAGCACAUCCUGUGCCGCAAAGAGGAACAGUACCUCAGCUCAAAUGGCAGCGGGCGCAACAGAGACCAGAUCCGCAUGACCACAGACCCUCUGCUAUAGUCAGCAGUAUUUCCAUGUUGUCAUGUUUACAGAAGCAGGGGAUGAUGUCAAACGCUGUGAGGUGUCUUGCUUAACUUUUAUAUUGCUAAGGACUACUUUUAUUGAUGUUGCUAUUGUCUUAUUUAACACCAACUGGAUGAACAAACGUUCUGAACCACUGCAACACUCCUCCUUUUAUACUGUCUGCAGAUGUUUGUUAUUAUUUAUUACAACAUUGUCUUUGUCAACAACAAACGUCUUGGUGAGUUUCCACCAGUACUACUUACCACGUACAAUACAAGCUUAGUUUUGACCGUGUUUUCUUUUCUGUACUACAGUGGAAGCCGUCUAAGUCGACGUCCUUUGGAAUGGCUGCCUGUAUGUAACCAAAACUCAAAUUAGUACACACUUUACUUUUACCACAGACAUAAAGAGAACGGGCGAUCAUUAAAGGGGAACAUUAUCACCAGACCUAUGUAAGCGUCAAUAUAUACCUUGAUGUUGCAGAAAAAAGCCCUUUUUUUUUUUUAACCGAUUUCCGAACUCUAAAUGGGUGAAUUUUGGCGAAUUAAACGCCUUUCUAAUAUUCGCUCUCGGAGCGAUGACGUCACAACGUGACGUCACAUCGGGAAGCAAUCCGCCAUUUUCUCAAACACCGAGUCAAAUCAGCUCUGUUAUUUUCCGUUUUUUCGACUGUUUCCGUACCUUGGAGACAUCAUGCCUCGUCGGUGUGUUGUCGGAGGGUGUAACAACACGAACAGGGACGGAUUCAAGUUGCACCAGUGGCCCAAAGAU